UAAAAGCCACCCCAAACGUGACCGCCAAAACUCAAUUCAAUUCCAUUUCCAAAAUCAGUCUGUUACUCUCUCUGAAAUGCGAACUCGCUUCCUCAACGUCGACUACUUCUCUCCGAGCCAAACCCUAGAACCCCUAACCUUCCUUCACCUCCCAGUCCCUCGUCUCUCUCCUGCCCCUCUCUCCACCUUCCACGACUUCGUCCCCUUCCUCUCGCCCCUCAACGUCUUCCUCCCAAUCCACUCUUUUCAGAUCCAUUCCGCUCUCCCCAAGUUUUUCUCCGCCGUUCUCCCUGACCAUAUCGACGAUGCCACAAUCGAAGACUUCGGUGCCUCUGUUCCGUCUCAGAGCUGCAAUGCUUGCUUCGACGAGAGUCGCCUUUUGCAGCAAGAAGCUGGGGUUCUCUACGAAGAGAAGGAAGUGGAGAGUCAAACAACUUCUGGAUCUGAAACUCUAGAGACUGAAUUGCCAAAACCAAAAAAGGAUAAUGGGAUUGCUGUUUAUGAUAAGGACGCAAGAAGAUAUGAAGUAAUCCAAUUCGAAACACCAGAGCUGGAUGAUUUUUUGGAAAAUGCCUGCUUUUUUGAGAAAGAGCAGAUGCAAAUUUCGUCUGGAGUUCCAAACAAUGAAACUAAUCUGGAAAUUCUUAGGCAAGCACUUCCAAUGCAGUCCCCUCAUGAGGUUCAAGGAUUGAUUUAUUCGGUUGAAAAUGUUACUGCAGAGUUGCACAUGGAGCAAAAGGUUUAUGUCUUUGAAGAUGAGAGUUUUGUUCAGGAUCAAAUGUGCUUCCAAAGAAGUGUAUUUCCCUCUCUAGAAGUUGAUGAGAUGAGUCUGAAAAGUGUCACAUACUUGUCUGUAGAGGAAGAACUUGUUUCACUUCUUGAAAACACUGAACCCCAAUGUUGGCUUCAGAAAGAUAACAUGGCCAUAAAUGGCGAGGAAGUUUUGGGUUCUAGGGAAUAUGAUAUAUCAAAAUUUCUUUCAGAUCAUUGUCUAUCAAACCAAUGCCUGGAACCUGGGCUGGCAUCAGUGGACAUUUUCCCAGAAAUGGACUUCAUAAGCGUCAUGGAAUCUUCAGAGACUCAAGGAAACUCCUCAUGUGAAGGGGUAUCACAUGUUGACUGUUCCUUCUUAGUAAGCCCUGUUAUUUUUCAGGAAUUCCAGUUCCUUGACAUGGACUCAUCUCCACAUUUUGAAAUCUUUACAACACAGAGAGCAGAUGAACCAGAAACAUGUGACUGGAUGUUCAGGGAAGACAUGAACUUUAAGAAUUUCAACGAGUUGAUUGUUAGCAAUGAGCUAGCCUUUGUAGAUAACACAUUCAAAUCAUUGCCUGUACCACUUUUCUCUGAUCAUGAAAAGUUAAGGUCACUAUGUUGCAUUGUUGUGGAAGUACUAGCUGACUUAAAUCCAUUGCCUCUAUCUGUAUCUGAUGGGAUAUACUUGGAUUGGCACCUUUUGGAAGAAGAUAAAUGCAACUCUAGAAUCUAUUCUUCCUAUCAGAGUAUGUUGGAGGAGGUAGAUUCACGUAGCUUUGAUUUUGAUCUGGAAUCUCUUGAUGAUGGGACGUUGCUACUUGACUUUGUUUUCUCAGAUAAUGCUUUGAAUGGGCCAAACACAGAAGAAAGGAAGGAAUCACAAAAGUUGCUUUUUCAUGGAAUUUCUGUGCCUACUGGUCAUAUGGUGGGAGCUGCUUCAAACAAAUUGUUGGAUGAUGAAUGUCCACAACCUGAAGAACAUUUAACUGAAAAAGAUAACGAGAGGGCUUCGUUGUUAUUCAAGUCUAUGUCACAAUUUAAUGAUCUUGAUUUUUUCUUGAAUCCUCGGAAAGCUAAUGCUUGGGAAAAUAAUGACUCUGCUAUUAAGGCAGUUGACACUAAUGCUAAAUUUCCCAAGAUUCCAUCCAGUAACUCAAGGGCAGCAUGUGCAUCCACUGGAGUACAAUUGCAGAAGAGCAAUAUUUUGUUGUAUCAAGUUAAGCUGUCUGAUACUAUUCUGGCCAUCAUAGACAACUUUGAACAGAGCUAUCUAGCCAUCUUGCAGAAUGAAAGAGAGCUGGUAAAGACAGAUCUCCCAUUUCUAGCUGCAGAUAGUUUUAAAUUGCUCAGCCUUCCAAAACAAAAGUUAAUGGACCGCAUUAAGAAAGCAAGCGCAAAAAGAACCACUUCUCACAGAGAUGGAAACAUUAUGGUAUUUGUUACCUUAUGUGCAAUUAAACAGAUGGCUUGGUACAUGUGUUUCUAUGGCAUCCAUCCAGCUCAUCUAUAUGUGGACAAGUUAUGUCAAAGCUUGGAAUGCUUAAAGUCAAGACUAGGCAUCCUAUGGUCCUUGAUUGAAGAUGCACACAGGAAGGUUGACAGAGAAGUUACUAACUCACAUCCCUCACUGACUUGUGUCCAGAAGAUUUUACAUUCAAACACUACCCAGAGGAAUUUGAAAGUGUUGAUUGUGGCUGAAGAAAUUUUCUGGCGAUCGUUGAAGAGUUUGUUGAUGUCCAUGGGAUUAUCAUUUAGUGAGUUCCAGAAUAAUUAUGCACAUGCAAAUCAAUCAGAUCUGUGCAAAACUGAAUUCACAAAUACUAGAAUGGAUGCCCUGCUGGUUACAGAUUGCCUAUUGGUAUCCCAUGAGCAUGUUUCUGCAUUAUUUCCCUUCAACAAGUUCAGCAAAAUCUUGGAAUAUGGAGGUUCACAUGGCUCUUCUAGAGUAUCCUCUCUUUCCUCAGAGUUGGUUGGGUUGCCCCCUCUUCACUUCUUGAGAGUGGAACUGGAUAAAUUUAGUGCUUGUGAAGCACUUUGUGAAGGUGUUGAUAUGCCUCAGAAUACUGAAAUAAUAAUGGAAGAGGAUGAGGAUAUGAACAUCCAGAAGCUAGAGAAACUGUUAAACUUUUUACCCAUUGAGGACAAGCUUAAUAUGGGAUCUUCAGGAGCUGCAGAUGAAGCAGAAGUUUGCCGUAUGCCUCUGCCAGUUCCCACUGUGCCAUUUCCAAUGAAAUCAGAGAAUAUAUCGCAAUGCAUGGUGCCUUCCCCUGAAACAGUCAUUAUUGUGAACACUCAAAAUCGUAAUAAGGAAAUGAUAGUAUCCCGAAGAAGUACCUACCAAAGAAUUCUUGCAUUGGAGAAAGAAGGAGCGCAAGUUGUGGAACGAGAUUCAGAUUUGCCAGUGGAUGUUAUAAUCAGUUCUGCUAUUUGCCUAGUGUGGUAUGAUUGCAGAAACAUUGGAAAGAAAGCAACUGCAUUAGAUGAAGCCUUUUCAUGCUUACCUUUGUGCAUUGAGAAUAUUGCGACAAAUGUUUUAACGUUGCUGAGUUUUGCAUUCGAUGGCUGCAUUCUGGUCUUUGAAGGAGAAAGCAGCUUCCUUUCCACAAUAAUGGAAUCCUCAGAUGGACUCUAUGCUGCGGCAGCGAGCCUGGGAAUUGAUUUGCAGCUCUUUUGCUCCUAUUCAUCUGAGUUGACGGAUGAAAUUAUAUUGAGCUGCAUUAGUUAUGCCACUAAGUUGACUAGGGGCCUUUAUCCUAAAAUGCCUGAGUCAGAAACUCUUGCAGAAUCAUUUCUUACUAAAUUUCCGUCCAUUAAUCCUUUGACAGCUCAUGCAAUACUGUCUUCAAGAGGUAUUCUCAUUGAAUUUCUUGAAUGGUCGCAUGAAUUCAGGAUCCAUGCAAUCCAAAAAUAUCAUGUUUCUGAGGAGAGUGUCACAUUGUUUAGUGCUUUGUGCAAAUAUGGUGAGCUGGAGGAUUCUAAAUCUAUAAUGACAGACUGCUCCUCAGUAUCCUCUGGUCCUGACUCAGAAAGGUGCCGUUUUAAUGUGGAUUCUGGAAGAAAAAGACGAAAAUAUGGUGGUAGCCCUCAAAAAAUUGACAGACGUAUGGAUGAAAUACUACAUUUUUCGCCACUAAACCAAUUCACUGACGACACUUUGGAACUUUCUACAGUGUCCAAGCCAUAUAAUCCAUGGGUGUCAAAAGAUCCCGAGAUAUUUGAUGAGAUCAGUAAACCUAGUUUACCUCAACCUCCAAAUGUAUUUUUUGGUCAAAAAUUGGGAUUGGAUAUGGGGAUGACGAUAAAUCCCUCCAGUGUUACCAAGCCAUACGGUUUUCAGUUUUCUAAGAGUCAUAACAUAUCAACUGAGAUAAAAAAGGCUUAUUUCUCUUCCGGUGAUAUCAUGUUUGGUCAAAAUCAGGGAUCAGAUUCAGCUACGAUGAACACUUUGGAUUGGGGUAGCAUCAAGAAAUCUGAGAAUCUUAUCGGUGAAGUUAUUGACCUAACUGAGAGUCCUGUAUCAGGUCAGGACUGUUUUUCUAUCGGUAACUCCAUGAAUGUCUCUCUUUUGGUGCCUGAGAUGGAUAACAAUUCCACAAGAAAGCAUAAAACUGUAAGAAAGUUGUCAUUUGGUAAAGGCAGUCACCCUCCUUGCUCAAUGGCUGCUGAGAUCAACUCAGAUUCAGAUAUCUGGAGUUUUAAGGAGGAUCAGAGGCAAACUUUGCCAGAAGGAGCUAAUGAUUACUCAAGUACAGAUUUAAAAAAUGAUAUUUUGCCUGUAAAACAAUGUGGGGUGCUCUUAGAGGAGUGCUUAACACAGAGAUCUGCAGGAAAUUUAAAGGGGUUAUCAUUCCAAGAGAAUGGAAUGUCAUCUUAUGGUGGAACACCCCUCUCAAAUGCACUCAGUUCAGCCCAUCCACAUCAAAAUUCACCCUGGACGAUAGAGUUUCUUAACAGAAUCAGGGAAAAGAGUAGAUUGCGUCAGCAGUCCCUUCCAUGUGACAUGUCUUCUCCUUCUUUGGGGUAUUCAGGGAAUAUAUCAAAAUUUUCUAAAAGAAGAAGUCCUUCUAUUCUUGAUUUUUUCAAGUACCGAGGAGGCAGCAGUCCUAGAAAGAUACCAGAACAAAAGAGACAGAAGCAAUCUAUACUGUCAUCAAGCUCAUCCGAAAAAAAUAAAAAUUCAUCCUCUCUUCUUCCCACAUGGACCCCUGCUGAUAAGAGAGCACGACAGACACUAUCUUUUGCAAAGAAUGGAAGUGGAGGCCAAACCAAGCUCGUCUGGAGUGAUAAAACUCAUGGUCUGAGGAAAAAGUUCCAGAAUCAAUUAUAAGAUGGCAAGAAAGUUUUCCUGCAAAGUGUAUUGACUUAGGAUCAUAAUGAAAAAAAUCUUCUGAAAUCCUGCACAUAACAAUGGUAUUUUUUCUCAGUCUAAACAUAGAAAGAUAUUGAGUGUUAUAGGUGU